GAACUUGUAACCUUGUUGAUUCUGAUUGCCACUUGACAUUCAUCCCUAGCUGCAAAAGCGAAGACACUACUAAGCUGCCAAAAGCAGUUCCGAAGUUUGUCUGGUUCCUUCUUCUUUUCAACGGUGCUCCGGAAAACAGCUAUUCGGGAUGUAUUGUCGUCAGGGCCUCUCCUCCUUUGCGCGCCUGUAUUCGCAAAGCAGCCGAGCCUUUGCUGCUGUUCCCCAGCCACGGACACAUGCCAGACCCCAAACGGUCGCUGGUAUCAGUUUCGAGUUGACGGAUGAGCAGAAAUCCUACCAGGAAGUUGUACGGAAAUUUGCGCGCGAAGAAAUCGCUCCCAGAGCUGCAGAAUGCGAUAAAACUGGUGAAUAUCCUUGGGAUAUUAUCACGAAAGCGUUUGGUCUGGGCUUGAUGAAUUUGCAUGUUCCCCAGGAAUACGGAGGCGCUGGAUUGGGAAGUAUGGAUGCGUGCGUUAUAAUCGAAGAGCUGGCAUGGGGCUGCACCGGCAUGACAUCGGCCAUUGCCAACAAUGGCCUUGGGCAAGCACCAAUAAUUCUGGCUGGUACGCACGAGCAAAAGAAGAAGUACCUCAGCAGCAUGACAAGGAGUACCGGAGACAAACCGGUGAUAUGCGCAUACGCUGUGACGGAACCACAAGCCGGCUCUGAUGUGGCUGGUUUGAAAACAAAGGCCACUAAAAACAAGGAUGGUUCUUACGUUUUAAAUGGACAAAAAAUGUGGAUCACUAACUCCGGAAAAGCCGAUUGGUUCUUUGUUUUGGCACGGACAUCGGACGAUUCUAAAACACCCACGAAUAAGGCAUUUACUGGUUUCAUUGUGGAAGCAAACAGUCCGGGAGUUACGGUGGGACGGAAGGUGCGUUCACGCAGUCAACGUGCCUCGGACACGCGCGGCAUCACAUUCGAGGAUGUUGUGAUACCGAAAGAGAAUGUUGUCGGUGGCGAAGGCGGCGGAUUUAAAAUUGCCAUGGGAGCUUUCGAUCAGACGCGGCCGGUAGUGGGAGCGUGCUCGGUGGGCUUGGCGCAGCGCGCCAUGGAUGAGGCUGUCAAAUACAGUAUGGAACGCAAGACUUUUGGCAAAUUUCUUUUCGAACAUCAAAGCGUGGGCAAUAUGUUGGCGGAUAUGGCUAUCGGAGUGCAGAAUGCCCGUUUAGCAACAUACAGAGCGGCAUGGGAAGUGGACGAGGGCCGGAGUAAUACCUUUUAUGCCAGUAUGGCAAAAUGCUACGCUGGCGAUGUCGCCAACGAAGUUGCCGCGAACGCUGUUCAGAUUUUUGGUGGUAAUGGAUUUAACAGCGAAUAUCCAGUGGAGAAAUUGAUGCGGGACGCUAAAAUAUUUCAGAUUUACGAAGGGACCAGCCAGAUACAAAGAUUAAUUAUUUCGAGAGAAUUGAUUAAGCGUACUUUACAGGGAUAAUACAACAGUUUAUGGUCGUAUGAACAGAUUUUAUUUUUUUGAUUGGCAUGCAGAGUUGUUAUUUCCUUUUGUUGACGUUAUUACCAGUCCGGAUUUCGGUUUCAUUUGGUAAAAUUUGAAAGUUUUUUCGAAAAUUAAUAUUGUUACAUUCCGGUUCUUUCAAUUUAAUUUUUUUUGUUAAGAAAAAAAACUGUUUUAUCCCAAGA